CCUACAAACGGGCUGCCACCCGAACAACACAGCCAUGGCGCCCUUGUCUUUGCCCCUGUCCUCUCUUCUCAAGCACAAGGGCUGUCUGCAGAGGGCGGCUGUCUUCUGCAGCGUGUUAGGCGGUUUGCAGCACCAGCCGCUCAGAUCUCGCUUAUGGAAACGGAAUUUCGGUGCAGUUGCACAUGGAGUCGGUCAACUACUGUCACACCAACCCAGAGCCCAGAACUACGCAGCAUCUGUUUGCAGCAGCUCUGCAGACGGUCAGGACUUGACAGAGAAGCUGUGGUCCGUUUACAAAGAGACCAAAAAGCAGACUGAAGAUUUGAUUCCAGUCAUAUCCACCAACUCGGUGAACCCCGACAGCAUUUUUGCCAACAACGAGAUGAGCCUGCGAGACAUAGAGAUCUACGGCUUCGACUAUGACUACACCCUGGCCUUCUACUCCAGACACCUCCACACCCUCAUCUUCAACAUAGCACGGGACAUCCUCAUCACCAACCACAGGUAUCCUGAGGGUCUGCGGAAGUAUGAGUACAUUCCUGAUUUCGCUGUAAGAGGACUUCACUACGACGUCCAGAAGGCGCUGCUGAUGAAGAUAGACGCUUUUCACUACAUCCAGCUGGGAACUGUCUACAGGGGUCUUCAUCCGGUUUCCGAUGAGGAAGUAAUCGCCAUGUAUGAAGGAAGUCACGUCCCUCUCGAGAUCAUGAGCGACUUCUAUGGCAAGAGUUCCCAUGGCCACACCAUGAAACAGUUCAUGGACAUAUUCUCCCUGCCGGAGAUGACGCUCCUGUCCUGCGUCAACGACUUCUUCAUGAGCCACAACAUCGACUACGAGCCCGUCCACCUCUACAAAGACGUAAAGGAAGCCAUUAGAGAUGUUCACGUCAAGGGCAUUAUGUACCGAGCUGUGGAGGCAGAUAUUGAGAAAUACAUUUGCUAUGGUGAGCAAAGCCACGCUGUGCUGAAGAAGCUGUCAGAGGACGGAAAAAAGAUGUUCCUCAUUACCAAUAGCCCGUUUGACUUUGUGGACCGAGGAAUGAGCUUCAUUGUAGGGAAGGACUGGAGGGACCUGUUUGAUGUCGUGAUUGUUCAGGCUGACAAACCUGGUUUCUUCAAUGACAGGAGAAAACCUUUCAGGCGAGUGACAGACAAAGGUGCGUUGCUGUGGGACAGGAUUCACAGGCUGGAAAAAGGGAAGAUCUACAAACAGGGAAACCUUUAUGAGUUCCUGAGACUCACCGGCUGGAGAGGAUCCAAAGUGCUCUACUUUGGUGAUCACAUCUACAGUGACUUGGCAGAUCUGACGCUGAAACAUGGCUGGAGGACGGGCGCCAUCAUCCCUGAGCUGAGGAAGGAGAUCAAGAUCAUGAACACGGAGCAGUACAUGCACAUGAUGGCCUGGUUACAGGCGCUGACCGGACUCAUCGAGCAGAUGCAGGUCCACAGGGAUCCAGCAUCUCAAGCCGUCGUCGAGGAGUGGGUCAAAGAAAGAGAAGCCAUGAGGGCACAGACGAAGGACAUCUUCAACGGUCAGUUCGGGAGUCUCUUCCGGACAUACCACAACCCCACCUACUUCUCACGCCGACUGUCGCGCUUCGCUGACAUCUACAUGGCCUCCAUCAGCUGCCUGCUCAACUACGACUUCCAGCACACCUUUUUCCCUCGCCGCACUCCCCUGCAGCACGAGUCCCCCUUCUGGCCCGAACACAGUCCUGCUGGCAUCGGCGUCUCCUCACAGCUGCACAGGACCAAUUCCGAUUAGAGAGAGAGAGGAAGAGAGAGUUUGGAAUAAAGACGAAGAUGAAUGAUCUCUGAUCACUGCUUACUUUUUACGUUCUGAGAAAUUUUAGAAGAUGCAUGCCGCAUUUUAAGAUGUGCAUAAUUGGUAACAAACUGUUGAUGUUUAUUAAGCUUUAAAAUAGUCAUUUGCUUCCUCUCAAAUAAGAGGAGCAGAUUUAGUGCUUUUUAAGACAAAUGACAGGUGACAGAAUCAGUAUUUUGACGUCUUCAUUUUAAACAUGAAUGCGAUGUAUUUUACACUUUCCUCACACAGAGUUUGGAACAUCGAAUGCACUGAUUGUUUUAGCUUUGCAUAUGUGUGUGUGUGUGUGUGUGUGUUUUAGUGUGUAUGAGAGAGAGGAAGGGUAGUAAGAUUAUACAAAGAUGAUGCAGUUACCCCGUCUAAACAAUAGGGGGCAGUCACACACCAAGUGUAUCAUGGAUCUCUUGUACAUGCUGUGCAUUUUAUUUUAUCCUUUGCAUCUGUAAAACUGUAAAAGUGAAGUGCAAAUACUCAGACGUGACAUUUACAUCACAAAGGUUGCUGCCUUAAUCUCUUUUUCACAUCACUGCAAUGUAUAUAUUUUUGUAAUAGCCUAAUGUAAUUUAUGGUAAUCAAGCUUUUCAAAUUCUACCAGCGAGCAUCUCAGUUCAUUUCAUUUCUGAGCUGCACAUUGCGAUACACAUCGCACAGUUAUGUUCUGAGAUCUUUGCAUCUGAUUGUUUUAACCAGUUCCGCACAGCACGGCCUGUAUAUGUCUCAUUUUAGCACUUAGACAUGUUAAUAUUUGUCAGGAAAAAAAUAGAGCAUCACUGCUAUAUAUAGCGCGAGUGUUGCUGUUUGAUCUGUGACGGCAGCUGUGGGAUUCGUGGGUUUGGCGCUUUUGCAGAAAAUGUGUGAAAUGUUUCCUCACGUGCUGGAAUGAGAAGAAUAUAUUUGAUAUAUGAGUCUUUGAGAUUUAUUUGGAAAAAGGGAAUUAUCAAGUACCAGUGGCCACAACCAAGACCUCAUGGUUCAUUAGUGUGUCUGUAGUUUAAAUGGGUAUUGAUGAUGUGUAUUUUUAUUCCAAUAUUUAUUAAA